CUGAAAUUUUUUGCCCUAAAUCAGAUCUCACUCUUCCACAUGCCUCUGUGUGUGUGUGGCCACUCAUUCGCUUUCCAUUGACUCAGCAAGCCUAUUCCACCCAGGUUAUUUUUGAAGGUGUUUAUGCUUUGCACCCUUAUAUCAGGAAAUCAUUGGACUUGUGGAUUGUUGUUGUUGGAGGUGUUCAUUCACAUCUGAUUUCUCGAGUUCAAAGGAACAAAAGUAGAGUAGGGUGCUUUAUGUCCCAAAAUGAAAUUAUGACGACAGUAUUCCCAAUGUUCCAGCAGCACAUUGAACCACAUCUUGUUCAUGCACAUGCUACUUGGAAUACCUGCUAAUGGCCAGUUAACGGAAAGUGACUGCAUAAGAGUCAAAAUUUGCGAAGGAAGAUUUGUGUUGCUCAUACGGGAGCCUAUAAGAGAAGGGAAUUUUAUCAACCAACCAAAAGUGGAUUUUGACAUCAGCAUUAAUACAGUUGCUGGGCUUCUUAACCUUGGGAUGAUUUGUCAGGCUAGAGUGGCUAUGAAGGUACAAUUAUGUGCUUGCAUGAUUGCAUGUGGUAAGAUAAAUACCAAUGU